GUUGCAGUAAAGUUUUGGUGUGUUUUUUUUUUUUUUCUUUCCCCCCCUCUCUCGAUCUUUUGUGCGCCACCGCUCGCUUUGCUUCCGUCUUUUUUUGUGUUUCUGCUGUUUCGUGAACGCGACCAGAGUGCCGCUCGCGUCCAAUCUUCCCGCAGACUCGAACUCGGAAUGAGUUUGAACGAGCAUUCCAUGCAGGCCCUGUCGUGGAGAAAGUUGUACUUGAGCCGGGCCAAGCUGAAAGCCACCAGCCGCACUUCUGCUCUGCUGUCGGGAUUCGCGAUGGUUGCCAUGGUGGAGGUCCAGCUGGAAAGGAAUUACCCGUAUCCUCCGGGGUUGCUGAUAGCCUUCAGCGCUUGCACCACCGUGCUGGUGGCGGUGCACCUGUUCGCGCUGAUGAUCAGCACCUGCAUCCUCCCUAACCUGGAGGCGGUCAGCAACGUUCACAACCUCAACUCCGUCAACGAGUCCCCCCAUGAGCGCAUGCACCGCCACAUUGAACUGGCCUGGGCUUUUUCCACCGUCAUUGGCACCCUCCUCUUCCUCACAGAGGUCAUGCUCCUCUGCUGGGUCAAGUUUCUGCCCCUGAAAAGCAACACGGAAAGCAACGCCACCAUAAGUUCUGGCGAAGCCGCGGCCAUCGCUUCCACUUGCAUCAUGGUGCCUUUCGGCCUGGUUUUUAUCGUCUUCGCCGUUCACUUUUACCGCACGCUCGUCAGCCACAAAACGGACCGGCAGAUCCGAGAGCUGAAGCAAGCCAUUCGGCUGCAGAACCAACUGGACCACAGGAUGGAAACCGAUGACCUGAAGACCGUGGACCAUUUCGCUUGAUUCAUUUGCUCGCUCGCAUUCAGCAGCGCUUAUGCGAGCGUUAGCGAUAUCCCGUUGACGCUCUUUUGCGUGUCAUUUAGUGCGAGAAUGUUCACGUGGAGCGAUUCACACGGUCAUUACGGUCAACGCGACAUUUUGUUAAAUGAAGGAAAUAUGGUCAAUUUGACGUUACCAAAAAUUCACAGCGAGAAUUUGUUGUUGUUGGGCUGCCAGCACGGACGCAAAUGAUCCCUGGCAGAACAAAUCUGGGUGUUCACAUUCGCGUCAAAUCGCCGAUGCGUACGUGCCACCGCGUCACAACGUUUGCUGGAAAUUGCUGAUGUAGUUUUUGCGUCGUUCUGCUCUCAUGCGGAGCAACCAACAGGGGAGAAAAUGCGCCCGUUUCCCUUGACCUCACUGGAGCGGUCUCUUAUACUGCAUGUGUUAUUUUUAGUCUUGCUAGUCAUCAUUAUUAUACGCGACUGUUGCUGAUGUAUCGGUACGUCGUUUUGUUUCUCGCGCUGGGUGGAAUUUGUGUUAUUUUAAAAUUCAAAUAUCGGUAGUCAAUUGUCAGUAGAGAUGAUUUGAAUGGAAGUUUUAUGACAAGCACCAUUUUCAAAUUGGCUAUAAAUCGAAGUGAGGGCACAGCUACGUACAAAAAUCUUUGCCGUAUUAUUUGAAGUUUGUCAGAAAAAGAGAUUUUGCACAAACGAUUUCGUUCGCAAGAAGUCAACCACAAAGUAACAAAUUUACAAAGUGCUUCACAUGGAGAAUGGCCAACAUUGAAGACAAAAACAAAUCUUAAUGGCUGGAAAUGUAUUCUCGUGAUUUACGAGAACUAGAUUAAAAGUGUACUUUUGAAAGCUGCUGGUUUAUGUGGAGCGCCGUAUACGAAGUCGUUCAGCGGUUAACAGAAUCAUCGGAAUUGAAUUCCUUCAGCCGCAGCUGCGCAACGAUAUUCACGUGGUAGCGAUGAGGAAAAGCUUCUUGCGGCGUUUGUCAAAACAGCAACGUAACUCGCUAUUCGUUUUUCCCCCACUCAGCUGAAGUUAUGCAUGUUUGUUUGUUGCAAAUGUCCGGAGAACACGUCUUUGUUGAUGGUUUACACGCUCGAGCGUGCUCGCGCGUUGACGUGGUUUGUACGAUUGGCCCGUGGCACAAUCGAGCGUUUACUGCGUUUUUUCUCUCGUUUUCUUUUUGUGUGCGCACAGCGUCUGCGGUUACGCGGGAACGGAAGGUACGGCACAGACGUGCAGGCUACGCAAAGAUAAAUGGCACUUAUCGGUUCAUGUGACCAUCUUGGGCAAAGAGCCUCUCAGCCCACCUACGGUGUUUCGCUUCGAACAGAUAAUUGCGCUGUGGAAUUGUGUGCGUUAUUUAUUGUAUAUGCAGAGGCUGCAUGAAUGUAUGGUGACAAAUGCAGCGUAUCUGGUGAGCUUUACCAGGGUGUUUUUUUUUUGUUUGUUGCCAAUUUACAAAUAAAACACAAUUUGUGUGAUGCUGAA